ACCCCUCCCCCACACAUGUGACGCUUUGUCUCUGCGCAGGCUGCGGAGGAGAUUUCCCAGCGAUGACUUGCAGACCAAUCCGGGGUUUGUGCUGAGCGGCGUCGCGUCCCAGCGCAGUCUCAGCGCGGAGAGCUGCAGCGUGAAGGUCUCCAUCGUCAUCGAGGGCUUCCAGCAACCCGUCACCUUCACCUGUGACAUAAGCUCUCCGGUGGAGCUGAUCAUUAUGCAGGCGCUGUGCUGGGUCCACGAUGACCUGAACCAGGUGGACAUGGAGAGCUACAUACUGAAGGUGUGCGGCCAGGAAGAGGUUCUGCAGAAUAAGCAUUGCCUGGGCAGUCACGAGUAUAUCCAGACAUGCCGCAAGUGGGACACGGAAAUCCGGCUGCAGCUCCUGUGUCAGCGGACGGUAUGCAGAGCCAUGGCACGCACGGCUGAAGAUGACGCAACUCCCAUCGACCUGACCAGACAUCUGUCCCUGCUGGACCGGCCCUUCCAGGAGCCCAUCACCCGACAAAACAUUGAGGAAUUGCUGGACAUCUUCCAUGAGCAGGUCAGCGUGUGCCUUAAGAAUGAGAGUAACCCGUACAGAGCUGCCGACCAGAUCAUCAAAUCGGUGAGAAGUAUCUGCAAGACGGUGGACAGCGUGGAGACCCCGUCCAUCACCGACUGCGUCAAGAAGCUGCGGAGGGCUGUGAACUUACCCCGGAGCCGCAGUGUAGAGGUAUGCAGGACCUGGAAGGGCUAUCUGCCGACCAGAUCAUCAAAUCGGUGAGAAGUAUCUACUGAGAGUCCUCUGCAGGAGAGCUUACAGCACCUGACGAUGGCGGUCCACAAGCUGCUGCAACUUCACUUCUCUUCCUGUAACGCCGCCAUGGACCCCGGUAAUAGCCGGACGGUGAAGGAGGCGCGCGGGUCCGCUGACCAUCUCCAGUUCACGAUAUUCGCUGCUCAUGGCAUCCCCACCGGCUGGGUGUCCAGCUUUGAGAAGUAUUAUUUAAUGUGCUCCCUGCUGUACAAUGGAAGAGAUUUGUUCAAACCCGUUCAGUCCAAGAAAGUGGGAACGUACAAGAGCUUCUUCUACCUGGUGAAAUGGGACGAGCUGAUCAUUUUCCCCAUACAGAUCGCACAGCUGCCAUUAGAGUCCAUCCUGCAGCUCCGCCUCUACGGCAUCCUGAAUCCCAGCGGCGGGAGCUCCCCGGACUCCAACAAGCAGAGGAAGGGACCGGAGAUGUUGGGACAAGUGUCCUUACCGCUGUUCAGCUUCAGGAGAACUCUGACAUGUGGAACCAAACUUCUGAACCUGUGGACGUCCUUCCAGUCUGGUGCCGGGCCGGGAAGCGGGGGCAGGAGGACCAUGCCAAUGCAGAAGCUGGUCAUGCAGGUGGAUUUCCCGUCUCCGGCUUUCGAUAUCGUGCACAGAGCUCCCGAUGCGACGAGCUGCAGCAUGCCGCAGAGCAUCGAGACACUGGACAAGGAUGCCAAGAACAGGCUGCUGACUCUCCUCUCCAAAGAGGCCGUGUCUGGGUUAUCGAAAGAAGACAAAUCCCUUCUGUGGGAGAAACGUCACUACUGCUACCAGAACCGAACCAGCCUUCCCCGGAUCCUGGCCAGCGCCCCCAAAUGGGACAUGUCCUACCUGGCCGACAUCUACUCCCUACUGCGCUCCUGGCUGCCUCUGACCCCGCUCUCUGCGCUGGAGCUGCUGGACUCCAGGUGAGCCACAUGGGACGGCAUGAGCGACGAUGAGUUGGUGGAUCUGCUGCCGCAGUUUGUACAGGCGUUAAAACAUGAGAUCUACCUGGAUAAUGCGCUGGUGCGCUUCCUACUGUCCCGCUCUCUGGGAAAUAUCCGAGUGGCACACUAUUUAUACUGGCUGUUGAAGGACUCUCUGAAUGAUCUGCACUUUGGGAGCCGCUAUGAGAAGAUUCUCGGAGUUCUUCUCUCCAUCAUUGGGAAAGGAUUGCGACAGGAACUGGAGAAACAGACCAGACUCACCCAAGUUCUGGGUGUCGUGGCGGAGAAGGUCCGGCAAGCGAAUGGUUCUGCGAGACAAAUUGUCCUCCAGGAGGGGAUGGAACGGGUCCAGCUUCUGUUCCGGAAGAACAAGAUCCGUUUACCGCUCAGUCCAAGUCUGGAGGCCAAAGAGCUGAAUGUGAAGGCGUGCUCCUUCUUCAGUUCCAACGCCGUUCCCCUAAAAGUGACCAUGGUGAGCGCCGAUCCGCUGGGGGAGGAAAUCAACUCCAUGUUCAAGGUCGGAGAAGAUUUGCGUCAGGACAUGUUGGCUCUGCAGAUGAUAAAGAUGAUGGACAAGUUGUGGCUACAGGAAGGUCUGGACAUGCGGAUGGUCCUCUUUAAAUGUCUCUCCACUGGUAAAGACAGAGGUCUGGUGGAGCUGGUUCUGUCUUCUGACACCCUGAGGAAGAUCCAGGUGGAAUAUGGAUUGACCGGUUCCUUCCAGGAUAAGCCGCUGGCAGAGUGGCUGAGGAAGUAUAACCCGUCCGAGGAGGAAUACGAGAAGGCAUCGGAGAACUUCAUCUACUCCUGUGCCGGGUGCUGCGUGGCCACCUAUGUGCUCGGCAUCUGCGACCGCCACAACGACAACAUCAUGCUGCGCGCCACCGGUCACAUGUUUCACAUCGACUUCGGGAGGUUCCUGGGACACGCUCAGAUGUUCGGAAGCUUCAAGAGGGAUCGCGCUCCCUUCGUCCUGACCUCAGACAUGGCCUACGUCAUCAAUGGAGGAGAGAAGCCCACCAGCCGCUUCCAGCUGUUCGUGGACCUGUGCUGCCAGGCCUACAACCUGCUCAGGAAACACGCCAACCUUUUCCUCAACCUGCUGUCCCUGAUGACUUCCUCCGGACUGCCGGAACUUACCGGGAUUCAGGACCUCAAGUAUGUCCACGAUGCUCUGCAGCCUCUAGCCUCGGAUGCGGAGGCCACCAUCUUCUUUACCAGGUUAAUCGAGUCCAGCUUGGGGAGCGUGGCAACAAAGUUCAAUUUCUUCAUCCACAACCUGGCCCAGCGCUUCUCGGGGGUCCCCGUGAACGACGAGGCGAUUCUUUCCUUCUCCCCGAAGACGUAUUCUAUAAAGCAGGACGGACGCAUCCGCGAGGCCACCAUCUUCACCUACCACAAGAGAUACAACCCCGACAAAUACUAUAUUUAUGUAGUGAGAGUUGUACGGGACGUUCAGGAUGAAUCUGCCUUCAUUUUCCGUACAUUUGAUGAGUUCCAGGAGCUGCACAACAAGCUGAGCAUUCUCUUCCCGCUCUGGAAGCUGCCGGGGUUUCCCAGUAAGGUGGUCCUUGGAAGAACCCAUAUAAAAGAUGUGGCCGCCAAGAGGAAAGUGGAAUUGAACAGCUACCUCCAGAGCCUGCUCAGUAGUUCCCCGGAGGUGGCGGAGUGUGACCUGGUCUACACCUUCUUCCAUCCACUGCCACGAGAUGAGAGGGCGGACGGCUGUGACGUCACUGUCCGAGAUAUUGGACAUCCUCCGCUGAGUCCGACAUCUGGGAAGAUUGAAGGGGAGAUGAAAUUGUCCAUUUCUUAUCGGAACGGGACGCUCUUCAUAAUGGUGAUGCACAUUAAAGACCUGGUGGUAGAAGACAGCACAGACCACAACCCUUAUGUGAAGACCUAUCUGCUCCCCGACCCGCACAAAACAUCUAAACGCAAAACAAAGAUUGCUAGAAAGACCAGCAACCCCACGUUCAAUGAAAUGUUGGUGUAUAGUGGAUACAGUAAGGAGACUUUGCGGCAGAGGGAGCUCCAGCUCAGCGUUCUCAGUGCCGAGUCUUUACGGGAGAAUUUCUUCCUCGGGGGAGUGACGCUUCCACUGAAAGAUUUUAACUUGAACCAAGAGACAGUCGGCUGGUACAAGCUGACGGAAGUUCCGUACUUCUGAGUAACUGCUCCGUCAUGGACCACAUCGGACCAAUCCCACACCGAGAC